CACUACUUAUAUGGGGUUGCAAUUCACAUGGUUGGAAUUCCAUCUUCUGCGCCAUUGUUCAUCUUCAUUCCCAGGUGUAUUUGUUCCUUUUAUUUCCUUUACAACUUUGUUAUGGUGUUGUCAGAUUUGGAGAAGGAUAGCUUUUUAAUGGGGUUGUUCUUCAUAUUUGGAAGAUGAGAGGACGAAGGGUAGGAGCAUUAUGCAGAAGAGUUCCGCUGGGUUCAUGUGGCUAUGAUGUGAGGAUAUUGGGAGAUAUAUCCACAAAUCUCAGAAACAUGCCACUUGGGACCCUCGCAUUGAUGAUAGGGUUAUGUUCCGUGCUUGGCGAUCGAAGGCUAGAAGACGAUACACUGACUGGCUCUCAUUUAUUAGGAAUGAGAAGAAAGGAACAGAGAAGUCUUGGAAGUCUCCAAAGUUCUUGGCAUCCUCGAAGCAAAACAAGAAAAAUCAUCGUGGCGGUGAUGAGAAUGCCCCUGCUAGCGCCACGCACACCGGUGGUCCAUUGUCUUUUCGCGAGACUCGAGCGCGCCUUAAACAUGAUGGGAAGACCUACGUCAAUAAGAAGGCAGAAGAAGUAUCACAAAACUACGUAGCCAUGCAGGAGGCUGUUCGUGAGGAAGGCUUAAAUGAGACACCUGACGGGAUUUUUCUAUCUACAGUCGGAGGACAUGAUGCCAAGAAUCGUGUUCAUGGUGUUGGAGAUAUUGCACGGAGCCUACCACGAACGCAUGCAAUGGGUGAAGAAGAUCUUCUUGAGAGUAAAGCAACUACCAGUGGCAAUGGUGAAAUGUUUGAAAUGGCAGAUGAGAAAAUGGAAAACUCCAAUAUUGAAGCGAAAACCGCAGAGAGCAGUUCUACAUCUAAGUCUAUGAAGUCUCGAUUGAGAGCGUUGAUUACAGAAGAAGUGUCAAAAAGAAGAGGAAGGGCGCGACACCGUCGAAGUUCAUCGUGUCCCACACGGGGCCCUCCUAUCAAGCAAAGUAAUCCCAUGAUUCUUCCUCCUCACCCUCCCUUAGACGUCAAUGCUUUGCCUCAAACUAGUGCGAGCGAAGAGACAUCGGAACAUGACAAGAAUGUGUCUAUUUCUAGCUUGUUGGAUCCACCGCUUCCGAAGAUAUCUAGACAUGGUCAUGUCCCUCCGAACAUUACUUGUGAUUCGUGUGUUGCCAUAUUGCAAAAGAUGAAUGACCUUAAGCAAAUUGAGGUUGGUAUUCAUGGACAGACCGGCACUGCUUCACUACAAGAAUCAAAGCUAUUUCUAAAGGCUCUAGAUUUGCUUAACAUGAGAAAGGAGGUAUUCUUGAAAAUAUUGCAGGACCCAUGUUCAUCAUUGUCGCAUCGAUUACACGACAGGCGAACAACUAAAUUGCGACAGGGAUUAGGCAAAUCUCUGACAUUCCCUUCACAUGGCUCAUUGUUGGGAGAGGAAGACUGCAGGUUUCAAGCUGCAACUGAAUGCGAUGCUGUUGAGAAGAGGAAUUUGUGUACAGAUCCUAAGCUUUUGGACAAUGUCUCGAGACUUUCACCAAAUGAGCAAAAGAGCAGGCACGGGAGUGGGCAUUGUUUGAAGCAUUUCAAGAACCUAAGGGACAAGUUGAAAUUUGUAAUAAAGGAGAGCAGAAAGGAGAGACAAAGGAUUGUCAUGGAUGCAGUGAUUGACAAGAUCCCUCGCGGUCGUAGGAUGCCCAAGCAAGUCGAACAAGGUUCAAUCCAAUUUCACUCCUCGUUUCUUGGAAGGACUGAGACGCAGUGCCCGAAUAAAGCAUCACCCCCCAAUUUCCAUGAAUCGGCUGAGCGAUAUAACCAACUGUUGGAGUCCUGUUGUAGGACGUCAGGACCGCCUUCACCUUCCACGAGGAGCCCUAAAGUCUUGGAAAGGAUCCUCUCAUUACCUGAUUUAAGGUAUUGUUACUCCACCUUACGAAACGACGAUUCCCAACAUGACACUUUAAGAAGAUAUGGUGAGGGUAACCAGAUGCACAUUCCCUUAGGUUCCGAAUCUCGUGCUCUAUCUGAGGCUAAUUCAGAUGAAAACCAGCAUGACAGCUUCCAAGAUGCCAACCAUAUUGAGACCAUUACUUGUUGUGAUGCAAGCCAUAGUUCUCUGCCAGACAUGAAUUUGCAUGACACAUGGGCACAUGGUCAACUAUUUGCAGGCCAACCAACUGAGGCCAAAACACAAACAUCUACUGAAGUAGAGAAAAAAGGAUCUCCGGUGAAAGAAAUGGAGAAUAUCCUAAUGCACCUUCACGUGGACGACAAAAACAAGGCACAGUUUGACUAUGUAAAAGACAUACUAGAGAUGUCCGGAUUUAGCAGAAUCGAGUUUCUUGAGAGCUGGCAUUCUGCAGAGCUGCCCUUGAGUCCUUCAGUCUUCAAGUUAGUGGAAGGGUGCUUACUUGAACAACCUGGUUGUGGUGAAAAUGAGGCAGGGGACAACUGUGACCAUCUUCUUCUGUUCGACUUAAUCAAUGACGUCUUGCUAGAAAUGUAUGAAAGAUCACAUUCCUACUGGCCAAAGUCUCUGACAUGCCAUUCGCAUAUCAGUAGGACGCCAUUGGGAUAUCACGUUCUUGAGGAAGUUUGGGCAAAUGUGAAUUGGUUAUUGAGUUGGAGCCAUGAUCUCGAUGACCAAUCACUUGAUGAUGUUGUUUGUCGCGACUUGGCAAAAGGUAACAAUUGGAUGAACUUGCAGUUUGAUGGAGAGUGUAUAGGUCUUGAGCUGGAAGAAUUGAUAUUAGAUGAUCUUUUAGAUGAACUCAUUUUUGAUGACCUUCUGUUUUGAUCACACAUAUGUGAAUGCAAAUCUUAUUUUCGUUUUCCUGAUAUUCUCUCAAGAUUUAAAAACUACAUUUUUAAUUUUACAUCACAAAAGCUCAAACAAACAUCCAAAAUUUCUCAAUAGUUGUUAUAACAGCAACAACAGCAAAGCCAAACUUCCCCUCAAGCUUUUGUCUGUUUUUUUUACUUUCCUAUCAUAAUCCUAUACUAGACAAAU